AUGUCACGAAACCUUUUCACAGUAUUAGUUGCAUGUGCUCUUGCAGCGACAGCGUUUACACAAAGUACAACAACAUCGCUCGGCGGUAAUGAUGAUAAUAAUGAGAUCGAAACUACAACAACGACCGUUGGUCUACUUCUCGGAACUCUCACGCAAGGUUUCUCUGGCACAGUUGUCUCCGCAGCUCCAUGCGAGACGAUUUUGGCUCUGACCUGUGCCGGUCAAGAGUUGUGUCCAGAUGAAGCAGUGACACUCACAGCCACGGCACGCCCGACCGAAUACAUUUUCAACUUCCAAAACUCCGUCAGCGAUUCUCAAGGAGGAGAAAAGGGGCAAGCUUCCGUUUCGCAAUCGUGUUCCAUGGAAAAUUACAACACGGCUGUGUGCAAUUUGUACGAGUCGAUUUCUUUUGAUGGGAAGAGUUCGACGGCCAGAAGACAGACGACACUCUCGGGUGGUGAUUUGGUGUAUGCUCAGGUUCCGAUCACGGGAGGUGUUGGGCGAUUGGCAGCGGUGACAGGGAGUUGUGGUACUGCGACGGCGUUCCCUAGUCCGACUGGGACGGUGGAGAGCGCUGCUAGAGCGACGAGUGUGAGAGAGGUUGUCAAGGUUGUUGUGCCGAUUGGAAUGGUGGUUGCGGGUGCUUUGCUGUAG